AACGUUGGAAGCAAUUUUCUUGUUCCUAAGGAUGCCACACCCCUUCUGGGACUGAUUCAGGAUCAUGUGGUGUCUGGUGUGCUGCUUACAAUCAGAGGACGGUUUUUGACUAAGGAAGACUUCAUGCAACUUGUAUUGUCAGCAUUCGCAGAGCACACGAAGCGUAUUGAGAUUCCUCCACCAGCAAUGUUAAAGCCGCGCCAAUUGUGGAGUGGUAAGCAGGUCAUUUCUUGCAUUGUUAAAAACUGCAUUCCCAAAGGUCAACCGCUCAUCAAUCUCACUUCGAAAUCAAAAACACCUCUGUCUUGUUGGAAAGUGCGCGGUUUCGACACUCCUCAACACAAUAUGAGUGAAUCAGAAGUAGUAUUCCGGCAAGGUGAACUGCUGGUGGGUGUUUUGGAUAAGCAACAUUAUGGUGCUACACAGUAUGGUUUGGUUCACAGCUGCUUUGAACUGUACGGGCACAGAGUUGGAGUGCAAAUCUUGUCAUGCUUUUCUCGUCUGUUUACGACUUACUUGCAGAUUCACGGGUUCACUCUCGGUGUCGCGGAUAUUCUAGUUAGAAAGGAUGCCGACAAACUCAGAAAGCAGGCCAUUAGGGAGUCAAGAACGAUUGGAGAUCAGGUGGUGCGCAAUGCCUUUGGUCUCGACGAAAGUGUUUCACACGAAGAAAUACAUCGAAUUUUGGCAUCGACAUAUUGUAAUCCAAGAGGACAAGGACAAGAUGUGAAAAUGCUGGAUUACUCUAUGAAACAAGCUAUCGCCAAGUAUAACGAUGCCAUUACAAAGGCUUGUGUGCCGGAUGGUUUGAUCCGGCAGUUUCCCGAUAAUGCGCUACAGGUCAUGAUUCAGUCUGGCGCUAAGGGAUCGGCUGUCAACGCCAUACAGAUUUCAUGUUGUCUUGGUCAGAUUGAACUGGAGGGUAAACGUAUGGCUGUCACAGUGGCCGGAAGAACUUUGCCAUCGUUCAGAGCAUUCGAUCCAUCACCUCGUGCUGGCGGGUACAUCGAUCAACGGUUCUUAACUGGAAUCAAUCCUCAAGAGUUAUUCUUCCACACAAUGGCCGGAAGAGAGGGUUUAAUCGAUACUGCCGUCAAAACUUCUCGUUCCGGGUAUCUGCAAAGAUGCCUGAUCAAACAUUUGGAGGGCUUAAGGAUUCAUUAUGAUGGAACCGUCAGAGAUCAUGAUGGUUCGGUCGUGCAGUUCCGAUAUGGAGAGGACGGUCUCGACGUCAUGAAAUCAACAUACAUAAGCCCGAAGACAUUUCCUUUCCUCAAGGACAAUCUGGAUGCUGUUAUACAUUGCUCGAAACCAGAGGAAGCCCGAGAUUAUGAUUAUAACGUUGAAGCUGCAGAAAAGCAGUACCGUAGGAUUCAAAAAUGGCGGAAAAAGUCGGCUAUCGAUGGUGCUGUACGGACGAAAAAGGUGUACAUAUCUGGAUUCACGGAGUUUUCUGCAGACCAAAUCGGUGUCCAAAAGGAACGAAUUGUGGGCAUGUGGGCAGAAAUGGACCGAACUGAAAGAGAAGUGUACGAAAAGAGGGCUCCACGAAAGUGUCCGCAUGCAGUUGAUGAGGAGUUCAAUGUGAACAGCACCCUGGGAGCACUACCGGAGAAAACACUGGACUCCAUUAAUAAAUUCGCUGGUAAAAACGAUAGGCUUCGGCGAUCUCUUUUCUGGAAAGGUAUGCGCUCCUUGGCCGAGCCUGGUGAAAACGUCGGUUUAUUGGCUGCACAGUCAAUAGGAGAACCAUCAACGCAAAUGACACUGAACACAUUCCACUUCGCUGGUAGAGGAGAAAUGAACGUAACUUUGGGUAUUCCACGUCUACGCGAAAUUCUUAUGACGGCAUCUGAUAACAUUGCUACUCCAAACGCG